CGCGAGCCGAGGCAAAGAGACGAAUAGAUUCGAGAUAAAAGCAGCUCGUCGCGACCACCGUCUGUUGUUGCUGCUGUUGUUGCUGUUUACUGCUUAUUAUCGACAUGUCUGAGUCCUCUUCUGAUAUCUCACCUAUCGAGCAUGUGCUCAAGCUCGAGCAGCUCGACGCCGACCUCUUCCGCAGCGCCGAACCUCUCUACAAGGCCCGGGGAGCCCGCGGUAUCUUUGGCGGCAACGUGAUUUCGCAGUCGCUGAUGGCUGCUAUCAAGACCGUGCCGGAGACCUUUCAGGUGCACAGCAUGCACUGCUACUUUUUGCUUGCGGGUGAUUCGAGCUUGCCAGUGCUCUACUUCGUCGAGCGGAUCCGCGAGGGCAAAUCUUUCUGCACUCGCACCGUCCAGGCUCGCCAAAAGGGCCGCUGCAUCUUCUCGACCACAAUCUCGUUCCAGAUCCCCGUCAAGACGCCGCUGAAUCACCAGGUCAGCUUCCCAGGCACCUCGCUUCCCCAGCCUGAAGACCUACCUAGUCUUGCCGAGUACGCACUGGAGCUGUACAAAGCUGGUGCGAUCUCGAAGACCGAGUAUGAAUUCUCUGACGAGCUUUCGCGGGUUGCUCCUACUGAGUCCAAGACCUUUAUCCCUCAGUAUUCGAAAGAUAUGCCACCCCAGGACCGCCGAAACUACCUAUGGAUCAAAGCAAAGGGCAACAUCCAAGAAGCCAGCGCACACGCCAUGGCUCUCGCCUACAUGAGCGAUAACGCUCUCCUCGGGACCUCGGUGCGAGUCAACGGGAUCGGAUCCAAGCAUAUAUCGAUGAUGGUCAGCUUGGAUCAUAUUAUCUAUUUCCAUGCUCCGAUUAAAGCUGACGAGUGGCUUUUGUACGAGAUGCAGUCUCCUUGGACCGGAUCUGCAAGAGGCCUAGUAUAUGCUCGCGUCUUCAGCAGAGACGGUACUCUUCUCGCGUCCGUCAUUCAGGAGGGAGUCGUGAGACUGAAAGACUUGGAACUCAAGUCAAAGUCCAAGCUAUAGGUUGUUUAUUGAUCUUGAAGAUUGUAGUAUAGAAAGGAAGUUGGUAGCACCCGAAUGUAUUAUAUACAGAAAACUCGAGAUUCUAUUAGAUGUUCUCCCCGUUGUAAUCAUAGUAUAAAUUCACGAGGACUCUUUCA